GUGACUAAUGACAUUGCUCAUGUGACACUAUUCUAUAAGCACCAAAAUGGCCUCCCUUCAAUUGAGUGGCUAUACCAUGCAGUGUGAGUUCGUUGAGAGUGUGGUGGAUUACGAGUGCCCUCUGUGUCUGCAUGUGACCCGAGAGCCCAGCCUCACCAGCUGCUGUGGACAACAUUUCUGUCAAGCCUGCAUCCAAAAGACACUCACUGACAACAAACCUUGCCCCCUUUGUAGGAGCGGUAGUUUCACGACACUUUUAGACAAAAAGCAACGAAGAAGAGUUCUCGAUCUUAAGGUCUAUUGCGAUAAAAAAACUGUUAGUUGUGACUGGGUGGGUGCUCUGAGAGAGCUAGAACAACACCUUGGUGAGAAAUGCCUAUUUGUUUCUGUGGAUUGCCCAUACAACUGUGAAGAAGCUAUUGAAAGGAGAUUCCUAGGGAUACACGAGGCAUUGAAGUGCCCCAAGAGACCACACAGCUGUGACUACUGCCUGCUGGAGGGAACGUAUCAAGAGAUCCAAGACGACCACCUCCCUGUGUGCCCAAAGUACUUGGUGGAGUGCCCCAACGAGUGUGGAGUGGCUCCCCCAGAGAGAGGUCAACUGGAGGAGCACCUGAGAGAGUGUCCUCUGGCAAUGGUCGAGUGUGAGCUGAAGGAGCUGGGCUGUGAGGAGGUGGUCCAACGGAAGGACGUGGACAAACACAUGGAGCAAGCUGCUCAGAAACACUUGAGGCUAAUGGCUAGUCACUACCUAAAAAGUCAGAGAAGGCAAGACAAAAAAAUUAUCAGGCUACAAGGAGAAUUAACCGAGGCUCGAGAGCAACACAGAAAAGAGUUGUCAGGAUUAGCCAGUCAAAUCGAUUUAAUCAAAAUGCAUUCGUCUCUGUACAUUACUGAGCUGAACAAGAUUGGUCAUCGAACUAACACAUGUUGAAUCUAAAGCUGAUGACAAUCUGGAGUGGCCUAGGACAUUUGCAAUGACUAUUCGACUACUCGAUCAGGGAGAAAAUCAAGACCACCAUGUAUUGCAGGGAGAAAAUUUGACAUUGCAAAGGUACAGAUUAAAUAACACAAUCCAAAUUCCAUACUCAACAAUUGAGAAUCCUCCAGAUGGAGUACAGUACAUCGUUGAUGACCACAUUAAGAUGGCGAUUAUUGUGUCUGAGAAGUAAAAUUAGAAUAAUACGUACAUAAUUUCCGAUACAGAGGAUUACCUAUACUACUGUCUACAUGUAUUGGCAUAAGUUUUGGUAUUAUAAUAAUGUAAAAAUUUCUACAGAGAGGUAAAAAAUUGUCUUACAGGAGAAUAGCGGGACCUUACUACGAUAUUAUCAGAAUCAGCUACCAGAGAGUUACAUUAAUACACAUGUACGUACGUAACUAUAGACCACAUUAUGUAAAGGAUCUGAAAUCACAUUCUAUAUAGCGUGUAUAUACGUACAUUAUCCCAUACCAUAUCAAGCAUAGAGACUGUUAGCCUAUAUUCACUGUAACUCUAACAUAAAUUCACAGGAAUCAAUACAUGCAGUCAGUUAC